AUGGAGGAUUUCCGGUUCUGGCCGCCAAGAGGCGCCCAAGGCAAGACCCACAAUCACAUGCAAAUAUGCAGACGCAGCGCGAUCGAUGAUGAAUGGGAGCUUGCCACCAUCCAGGCCUGUUGCCUGUCACCAUACUUUGGUCUGGCGCUAGUCAAGGCCCUUUCACAUGCAAGAGGCGACAUUCUACUCCCUGAUCUUGAUGCGGACCUUGCCAUCCGCCCCUGCCAUUGGAGGCUGUGGAGGGGCUCUUUAAAAGCUGCCUUUGAAACGUUAUCAUUGCGCGACACACCCUCCAGAGCUUUCCUCUUAAUUUUCCAUCACACCCUCACCAUUUCUCUUUCCCUAUUGCCUACUGUAUCUGUCACAUUCCACCCACCUGACUUCUACAAACUUCUUUUUCAGAACCACAUAGGCAAAAGGAUAAAACCUCAAAUGCCCCACGCAGAGCGAGACACAAUUGGUGAGCCCGUCGUCAACGGCGAGAAGGUCCAUUCCCAAUUCCUCUCGCAUUUGACUUCAUAUCCCGUUGUGUCGGACUCCAUCGCAACGUUCAAGAACAGCAAGUAUGGCGCCAAGUCUCUCGACUACGCCGACCAAGGUUACGAGCGCUUCGCGAAACCAUUCUUGCCAUAUCUCUCCAAGCCGUACGACUACGUUGCUCCCUAUCUGGCCAAGGCAGAUGCUCUUGGCGACCAAGGGUUAACAAAGGUAGAUGAAACGUUCCCUAUCAUCAAGGAAGACACCGAGAAGAUCAAGGGAACUAUCCUCGGUACCGCGUAUUUCCCCUUGCAACUCGUUGGCGACGUCCGGAAACACGUCUUGGACACCUACGACUCCGAGUACAAGAAAUGUGGAGGUGACGGUCUUGUCGCGAGCGGUAAGGCCGUCAUCACGACCGGCCUGGUCAUCUCUCAGGAGUCCCUGGCUUGGCUGAGCUCCGUUCUCGCUGCCAGAAAGGAGCAGAAGAAUGCUGCAAAUGAGAAGGCGAACCACUAA